GCCAUCACCUUUGCUCUUAUUGCACGCAUGAAUUGUUCCUUUCUCUGGCUAGCUCCAUCCUUGCUGCUUUGAUUGACAGGACCAGGCAGUGGCAAAGCAGUGAGGUAUGGGCUGGCCACAGAAAUGAGCUGUGCUUGGGUUCAAAAAAAAUAAUAAUUCAAAAUAGACUCUCUUAGAGUGCCGCGGUAUAUUUUGAACAUUUUAUUUACUGUGAGGGGGUAUGUAUGGACUGUUACCUGACACCGCGGGCACCACCACUAUACAAUCCCACUGUUGUGCUGUAGCACUCUUCUUUUUUCCUGGGUUCAACAAAAGCAAUGGUGAUGCCCUCAUUGCACCAAAGGCCAAAUUUGCAUAUUAAGAAAAAGUAUUAUGGUAACUUGGGAAAGAAGCCUCAAAUCAAGAAAAGGAAAAUAGCAUUUUAAUCAGGUGAACCACAGCUAUGUGUCUAGGGAGGUCGCUGUUGACAGUAUCCCUUAAAAUGUGGUUUUGCGUUCAGUCCUUCUUGUUUUCCAUUAGAUUCCUCAGGUGCAGGAACCCUACAGCUACAAUUUUUUUUUGCAAGUCAAUGGUCCUUCUCUUCACUGACCCACGAAGGAUGGAUGAGGGCAGAGACCUCAUGGCUGCAAGGAUAUUAGACCUCACCAUAGAGAUCAUCUACCUGAUCACUGGAGAGGAUUACACAGUAGUGAAGAAGUCGUCUGGUGAGUGUGUGACACCCCAUGUGACAGGAGAAUGGAGCAGGACCCCAGGAGCCAUCACUGAGCCUCCACCUCAUUCACUGAUACAUGAGCAGAAGAUCCUAGAACUUACCAACAGAAUCACUGAGCUGCUGACCAGAGAGGUUCCUAUAAGGUGUCAGGAUGUCACUGUCUAUUUGUCCAUGGCGGAGUGGGAUUAUUUAGAAGGACACAAGGAUCUGUAUAAGGACAUCAUUAUGAAGGAUCACCAACCCCUCACAUCACCGGAUGAGUCCAGUAGGAGAAAUCCACCAGAGAGAUGCCCCAGUCCUCUAUAUUCCCAGGAUUGUCCAGAGGAAAAUCAAAAUAUCCCACCUGAUCAUCAGUUGGGAUUCUUGCAUGAAAGUUAUGGUGAAAUGAUAAGUGGACUCGAAAAGCCCAUAUCAGUGUCAUUAAAUGGUGAAGACUGUAUGAGAGGCUUCCAUGAACGUCUCCUUUUAUCUUCCUCGUAUGACGUAGACACAGAGUCACAGACUGACAAAUCUACAAUUAGACAUCGAAUGGGACAUUUUUUUGUGUGUUCUGAAUGUGGAAAGCAGUUUAAAAAGAAAUGUAAUCUUUCCACGCAUGAAAGAAUUCACAUUGAUGAAAGGCCAUUUACAUGUACAGAAUGUGGGAAAUCUUUUAGUCAGAAAUCAAGUCUUGUGACACAUCAGAGGAUUCACACAGGAGAGAAGCCGUUUUCAUGUUCAGAAUGUGGGAAAUGUUUUACUAGGAAAUGUUAUCUUGUUGGACAUAAGACCACUCACACAGGAGAGAAGCCAUUUUCAUGUUCAGAAUGUGGGAAAAGUUUUAGGCAGAAGUUUAGUCUUGUUGAACAUCUGAGAAUUCACACAGGAGUGAAACCAAAUUCAUGUUCAGAAUGUGGGAAAUGUUUUAGCCAGAGAUCAACUCUCAUGGAACAUCUCAAAAUUCACACAAAGGAAAAGCCAUAUGCAUGUUCAGAAUGUGGAAAAUGUUUUAAUUAUAAAGCAGAUCUUCUAAAACAUCUAAGAACUCACACAGGGGAAAAGCCAAAUUCAUGUUCAGAAUGUGGCAAAUGUUUUAGCCACAAAUCAAGUCUGGUAGAACAUUUGAGAACUCACACAGGAGAGAAGCCAUAUUCCUGUACAGUAUGUGGGAAAUGUGUUAACCAUAAAUCAGAUCUUGUGAAACAUCUAAGAGUUCACACAGGGGAAAAGCCAUUUUCAUGCUUAGAAUGUGGGCAAUGUUUUAGCCAGAGAUCAAGUCUUGGAGAACAUCAAAGAACUCACUCUGGAGAGAAGCCAUUUUUAUGUACAGAAUGUGGGAAAUCUUUUAGUCACAAAUCAAGUCUUGUGAAACAUCUUAGAACUCACACAGGAGAGAAGCCAUAGCCGUGUACAGUAUGUGGGAAAUGUUAUAACCAUAUUACAAGUAUUUUGGAACAUCUAAGAAUUCACACAAGGGAGAAGCCAUUUUCAUGUCCUGAAUGUGGCAAGGGUUUUAUUCAGAAAUCACAUGUUGUGGAAGAUCUGCGAAGUCAUACAGGGGAGAAGCCACAUUCAUGUUCAGAAUGUGGAAAGUGUUUUAGUCACAAAAUCAAAGAAUUUACACAGGUGACAAACCAUAUUCAUGUAUAAUAUGUGGUAAAUGUUUUAGACAGAAAUCAUCUCUUAUGGCACAUCAGAGAGUUCACUCGAGUAAGAAGCCAUUUCAAUGUUUAGAUUGUAUAAAAGAUGGCAGGUGUGGAGCUUUGCUGUAGGACCUGCAGCCUCAAGAUGCCUUCUGAACACCACCAUACUUGUCCACACUUUGUAUGCGGUAUUGCAGUUCUCCCCAUUCACUUGGAUAAAGCCAAGCUUUAAUAUCAGACACAACCCAUGGACAGGUUUGGUGCAGUUCCUAAAAAAAAGCCGUCAUGUUUUUCUGAUUCUUUACAACCCCUAUAACCCUUUCCCACAUGAUGAUAGACAUAUAUGUCAUAGAAUGCCUUCAGUUGGUGUACCAUAACAUACAUGUAUGUCAUGAUGAUCACAUGGGUUCAUGUGCUGUGUAAGAACCACAGGAGUCUCAUUCCGGGAAACCUUUGAUCCCAGCUGUUUAACUUCUUGUAAGCCAAAGUCAAUGAAGACUGCAGUAUCAAGUUAGUUUAACAGAGGGAAGGGGCUCCCAUUGCUGGGUACUGAGAGGUUGCUAUAUAAGUGGUGGGUGUAACAAUUGCCUCCUAUUAGGACCUAUAUACAGGGAGUGCAGAAUUAUUAGGCAAAUGAGUAUUUUGACCACAUCAUCCUCUUUAUGCAUG